AUGGUCUAUAGUAAACAAUAUUCUCUUUACAAGCAGUCAAAUAAUUCGAUUUCAACCUUGGUAGGAGAUUCAGAUGAUGAAUCAGAUGAAUAUAAAGUAGAUAAGAAUCGUGUAUUAGUUUGGUACAAACUUGAAGUAAAUAUGAAGAAUAGAGAGGAUAAACAACAAUGGCAUAAACAAGAAAGUGAAAAGGAACAGAGUUUUCGUGAACAAUUAUUAAGACUCAAGUAUGAUUUAUAUAAUGCUUCCAAUAAAAAAGAGUACAUAUUAAAAAAAAAAUUUGAAAAAUCUGUUUCACAAUUUCGUAAAGAAGAAAAGAAAAAUAAAUCACAACUUCAAUCGAUUGAUAACAAAGCAGAACGAAGUUUUAGAAAAGAAAUGUAUAAAUAUUGGGGCGAAAUUGUAAAAUAUGUGGUUGAGAAACAUUUUGCUUUUCGUGAAUUUUUGCAAAUGCUUACAAUUAUUAUCCCAUUAUUUACUAGUUGGUUUAAUGGAAAUAGAAAUGAAUCAUAA